AUGCCAACCGCCGAGUCCGCCGCCUUCCUCGCCAAAAAGCCCACCGUCGCCCCGACCUACGAGGGUGUCGACUUCGAGGACAACGUCGCAGUCCACAAUGCCCGUGAUGCCAUUAUCCGCGAGCAGUGGGUGCGCAGCAUGAUGGCGCGUCUGGUCGGAGAGGAAUUGGGCAAGUGCUAUGCGCGCGAGGGCGUGAACCACCUUGAGAAGUGUGGUGUUUUCCGAGAGAAGUACUUCGAGCUCCUUAAGGAGAGCAAGAUUAAGGGUUACCUCGGCCAGGAGAAGAACCGUUUCGGCGGCGAGUCGGCAUAG